CGCCGAGCUCCCGCCUGCUGCUGUUGCUGCUCCCACGACAACACCUUUGAUUGACUGCUGUCAUCUGCAUUUGUUUCACACCUGGUCAUCUUUUCUUGUUCUCACGAUUACGAAUAACGGCAAGGAGGAGACGUCAGCUAUUGAUUCACUUUUUAUCGUCAUCCUCGAAACCACCGACCCAUCUGCUCUGCAUUCUUCGCACCUGGGUAUCAACACCAAACCCCCGCGCCGGGGCAUCACGGCCCUCCAACCUUCAAGAUGGCGACGAGCAUACCCUCAAACCCGACCUCGCACACGGUCGUCCAGCUGCUCGGCAAGCUGAAUGACACGGACCCGGACUUUAGGUUCAUGGCCCUGAACGACCUGAUAGCUGUUUUCGCCAACGCUAAGAACGACAUGCUGCACCAUGACUACAACACAGCCGCCCGCACCAUCGACCACGUCGUAAAGGCCCUGGACGAUCAGAACGGAGAGGUCCAGAACCAGGCCAUAAAAUGCCUCGGGCCUCUGGUCGCGAAGACGCCCUCCAACCUCAUCGCGCCCUUGAUCGAGAAGCUCACCACUCUGAAGCUCCAGAACUCGGUCGACAACUCUGUCCCUGCUCUGGCCCUUCGCAAUGUCAUUGAAGCUCUACCACGACCCCAGCCCGGCCAGGCUGCUACCAAAGAAGUCCUCGAAGCAUACACUAGCAUAAGCAGGGUGUUGAUGCCGAGGCUGCUUGGACGCACCUCCCAGGCGGCCAAAUCCAGUGGCACCAUUCGUCUGCCCCCAGCAGGACAGGGCAUCAUCCAGGACGAUGCCCUCGUGAAUGCCGAUGCUGUGGAUGUCAUUAUCGAGGUCGUCAAGUGUUUCGGAACCAUGCUGUCACCAUCGGAAGAAGUCCAGGCGCUACAGGAUGUCAUCCUAGGACUUCUCGACAACCAGAAAGCAAAUUCGGCUGUCAGGAAGAAGGCUGUGAUAGCCCUUUCGAUCCUGGCUGUGUACCUGCAGGAUGAUCAACUGGUCGCGUUCCUCAAUCGUGCUGUGGCUGUCCUCAAGAACCCAAAGACCGACCCCACCACACAGCGGCUCUACCUGACCAUCAUGGGCUCCAUGGCUCGGUCUAUCCCACAUCGCUUUGGUAAGCACAUCGGCGAUGUUGUCCAGCUGACUCUGGCCUUCUUGGCGGAGGAGCCUUUGCAUAGCCACCUCGAGGAGAUUGGUGAAGGCGACGACGUGGGCUUGGAGUUUUCCGAGGUCCGUGAGGCAGCGUUGCUUGCGCUCGAGGCUUACUUGGCAGCAUGCCCUUCUGAGAUGCGUCCGUACACGGAUGAGGCGAUCGCAGCAUCUCUCCGGUAUCUGAAAUACGACCCAAAUUAUGCUCUGGACGAAGACGAGGAUAUGGACGAGGACGAGGGCGAGGACGAAGAUGAUGAAUUUGGCGACGACGACGAGUUCGAAGCCGGAGUCGGGUUCGAUGAUGACGAUGACGCAAGCUGGAAGGCUCGUCGAUGCGCCGCCAAAGCCCUUCAUACGCUUGUCUCCACGAGGUCCAACGGUGAUCUUCUGGAUGACGGCGUGCUCUACAGCCAGAUCGCACCGCCAUUAAUCAAGCGUUUCGAUGAGCGAGAGGACAAUGUCCGCUUGGAGGUCAUCUCUACCCUCUCUCUCCUCGUUCGGAAGACAGGAGAGGGCAUCAUCCCCGAAUUUCUGCUAGACAGUACGCAUCUCGACGGCCACUCCCCACAGACCCAGAGCCGCAAGCGUAGGAGACAGAGCAGCGGCGUGUCCGCCACGGCCCGCGCCGAUGGCAGUGGGCUGGUGUCACCUACUCUCGAGAAGGUUCCCUCCAGUGGACCCCGUGCUGACCUCGCCAAACUCACGCCGCAAUUGGUGAAGUCAGCCACGAAGUUGCUUAAGGGCAAAUCGAUCCCUACCAAACAAGCGACCAUGAAUCUGUUGGAUGACUUGAUUCUUGUCCAACAAGGCGGGCUUUCAGAUCACUUGGACCAGAUCUUUGAUCUGGUCAUUGACUCGGCCAAGACUAAUGUAGCUUCCACCACGUCGACCUCGUUGUCAGGAAGUGGCGGUGCCGCCUCUGCAACCCCAUCUACCUUGCGUGUUGCAGCCCUCAAGCUUCUCAGUGACAUUGCCAAGACUCACUCAUCGAGCCUACUACACCUCUACCUCACGAAGAUGGUCAGCGGUGUCGUCGAUGCCGUGGCAGACCGAUAUUACAGAAUAUCUUCUCAGGCUAUCGGGACGGUAGAGGAGAUCGGCAAGGCUAUCACGCCGCCGCGGUCCCAGAAGACUGCUCAGAAAUACAAAUCAGAGUUAUCAAAGCUAUACGACGUUGUCGUUGAGAGGGCUACAGCCACGGACGCAGACGCUGAGGUACGGCAAAAGGCCAUACAUGCGUUGGGCACAUUCCUCUCCCGCACAGGCGAUGCUGAAGGAGCCGCACUGCUCCCUGCCGAAAAGCGGAACAAGGGCCUGUCUCUAGUUGCGGACAGGCUCAAGAACGAGACUACGCGUCUCGCCGCUGUGGGGGCAGUUGAGGAGAUUGCCGCUCAUCCUUCACCAAACUUCGAUGCUGCUUGGGCGCGAGAUGUGGUCGUGGAGCUGUCGGGCCACGUGAGGAAGGCGAAUCGAGCUUUGAGGGCGUCUAGUAUCCAGGCCUUGAAGCAUCUUCUACUCUCCACCUCAGGCCAGCAGGCUCUGGACGAAACGACACUGGAAAACCUCAUUGAAGCCCUCCUGCCGAUCAUCGCUAAUGCCGAUGCCCAGCUGCACGGGGCGACAUUCCGGAUUCUGACUUCCUUGGUCAAAGUGGACGCGACGAGGGUUGUUGACUCCAAGUUCGACAAGGCCAUCUGCGAUUAUGUUCAACAGAACGUGGUCAAUGCCGUCUUGACGCCCUUGCUGGAUCUUGUCGCUCAGAUUGGUCAAUCUGGGGUUGGCGAGGAACUGAUGGAAAGGAUGCUCAAGGACGUGGGUGUCAGCGGGGACCCGUCCACGGUAGGCAAAGUGAUUGGAACUCUGCUUGUUGCCAGUGGUGGAACAGGCGGUGUAGACAUCAACAGCUUCAUAAAUGAGGCCGAGACCGCAGAGGACAAGGCAAGAGGCAGCCUGGCCCUCAGUGUCCUUGGUGAGGCGGCAUUGAGGCUGGGUGCCAAGUCGCCCCUGAAACCCGAAAUCUUCACCAAGCACUUUGGUGACGAGUAUGACAAGUUCUCACUCACGGCCGCCAUGGCGCUGGGCCGUGCUGCAGCGGGCAAUGUGCAGGCAUACCUGCCUGUCAUUCUCCAAAGCUUCCAGAAUGCCGGUGCCAAACAAUACCUGCUUUUGCAGUCGAUCAAGGAAAUCCUUCUGCAGAGGACUGACAUCAGCGGUUUCGCGCAACCCAUCUGGGCCUGCCUGCUGGAGUCUUCGCAAGCUGAGGACAACAAGGCGGUGUGUGCAGAAUGCAUCGGACGCCUGGCGGUCGUUGACCCUGAGACGUUCAUUCCCAAGCUGGAUAAACUUCUCCGCGACCAGGACGCAGCUGUGCGAGGCAUUGCUGUGCAAGCACUGCGUUACACGUUUGCCGACAGCGGUGACAAAUUCGACACUGUUCUGCAGAGUUACUUGAUAUCCAUGCUCACCGAAAUCCUGCAGGAUGAUGAGAUGGAUAUCCGACGCCUUGCAAUGACAACAUUCACCUCGGCAGCAAACAACAAGCCGGACAUGGUUCUGGGUCAUCUCAAUAAGUUGAUGCCAUACGUGUUUAGAGAGUCCACAAUCAAGCCAGACCUGAUCCGCGAAGUGAUGAUGGGUCCUUUCAAGAUCAUGGUGGAUGACGGACUUGAGCUCCGCAAAGGCGCAUACGAGUCACUGUACGCACUGAUGGAAAUUGCCAUGCCCAGAAUCAGCAUUAUUGAACUCUACGACCGAAUCAUGGCGGGACUCAAGGAUGACAACGACAUUCGGGCGCUCAGCAAUCUGAUGCUCUCAAAGUUGGCAGUCUUUGACCCAACAGAGACUCAACGUCGACUUGACACCAUUGCGGAGGCCUUCCGGGCGACUCUUUCCACGAAGCUUAAGGAGAAUGCAGUCAAGCAAGAAUAUGAGAAGCAGGAGGAGGCGGCGCGUAGUGUGCUCCGGACGACCCUACUCCUGUCUGACAAGCUUAAGGGAGCUUUCGCCAGUGGGCAGUGUCAAGUCUGGUCAGCAUACCUAGACUGGGUCAACAAGGACUUUGAGAGACAGCUUAGGCAGCUGCGCGAGGAGAACGACAGGAUCGGUCACACGUACGCCUAGCUGGCAGCACGAGGAGAAGGACCAGAUGCGCUAUCUCGACUCCUCCGGCGGCUGGAUCUUUGAGCAGCAGCUAAAGUGGGAGAAUAUCAAGCAUCUUCAGCCAAAAGAAACAGCAAGGCCGUGGACAAAACAGGAAGAGCCAAGAUUUCUCUCAGUUACGGACAACGCGGUAGCCGUUUGUGGAUCCCUCGAAAGGCAGACAAGGUGAGAUGUGACUGGGCAUCUUUAGCCAGAGAUGGGAGAGGCAACCGGCGAGACAGAAGAGACCAGACCGACUGAGCAGCUCCUGUGUGAUCCCGUCCGUACCGGUCAAUGAAGAAGUUGAAGUAGCAUAGCACAAAAUCACGAUAGAUAAUGAAGAACGGAAAGGCGCCAA